AUGGGGUCCGGCAUGUCGUCGAGCAUGGCGCUAGCGCUAGCGGGGUUCUGCUUCAGCGUGCUCUUCAUCGUCUUCGUCUGCACGCGCCUCGCCUGCGCGCUCCUCCUCCGCAGCCGCCGCCGCGGGGCCCGCUCCCAUCGCGCCGCCCCCGCGCUCCCGCAGCACUACGCCCACCACUACUACGCCGACCCCGACCCGUUCCCGUUCCACGUCGCCCGCCGCCACCACCACCACGCCGCGGCGGAAGCCUCCCCCGGCCUCGAUCCCGCCGCCGUCGCCGCCUUCCCUGCCCGCGCCUACAACGCCGCAGCACGCUCCUCGCCUGAAGACGACGACGAUUCCCAGUGCGUCAUUUGUCUUGCAGAAUACGAAGAGAAAGAUAUGCUACGCAUUCUGCCUUACUGCAGCCAUAAUUUCCACAUGGCCUGUAUCGAUUUGUGGCUGGAGCGGAACUCAACCUGCCCGGUCUGUAGAAUCUCACUGCUUGUGCUUGAUGACUCUGGAAGCGAACACACUGCACCUCCUCCUCCUCCUCCACCUCCUCUAUCCAGCAUAGUGAUAAGCCCCCCAAGCUCUCCUGAAUCGUCGAGAUCAGAUCCAUGUCGCUGCCUGUUUGUCAGCAGUGGGCACUCAUCAAGGGCAUCAGAGGCACCUCCUAGGCAUGAGCCCGACCAGGAGAAUCAGGUUGUAUCUGGUCCAUCAGUGGAUGGGGCUAACAGCUUGCCGUUGUCUGAAGAUAACCCUCCUCCUGAAAAUGACAGCCAGACAGUUAGAUUUGAGGGGUUUCGUGUAGAUACGGGAAAUCAAUUCAGGUUUGUUGCUGGAAAGAAAAACACACUUUAUUCAUUCAGUGUUCAUGGUCAAAAACAGCACACCGUGGUACGCAUGUAA